AUGGACGUACAUGAUGGAAGCAUAAGGAACUUACUUAAUACUAACAAUAACUUACCAGGAACUAUUAAAGCAUUUAUAAAGUCCUUUGUAAAACCUGGUGCUCUAACAUUUAGGUCUUUGAGAGCAAGAGCAUUGAAGUCAAGAGAUGCAGAAACUCCAACAGAAACUCCAGAAGAACCACCAAAACCAACAGCUAAUGAAAUAUUGUUCGAAUAUUUUCCAAGGUACUCUGUUCUCAUUGCAUACAUUCAAGAAAUACUUAAGAAAGCAGACUUGACUUUAGGAGAUGAUGAAAGUUCUGUAUAUCUUUCGUUCCAGUUUCAAAUAGCAGAACUUUUGAGACAGAUAUGCUUAAUGUAUGACAACAUCUCUGAUUUCACAAGAUAUGAUGACGACCAUGACCCCGAACACGGUGAAGAAGAAGUUUUACAAACAUCCAUUAAGACAGGAAAGGUUUUAACUCAAAGUCUCAUUAUUGACACCAAAGAUGGCGAAGUGGACGUUCUUCAAGAGCUGAAGAAAAAUACUUCUUCGGGAGGUGGUGGUAGGCAUGAACUUGAAAUAAAUGAGAUAGAAGAGAAAUUAGCCGAAAAAGCAGAUAAAAACCAUGUUCAUUAUAUAAGUUCAGACGAACAGAUUAUAACGGACUACCAUGGAUAUUUAACACAGGACGAACAAAUAAGCACUGAAGAUGUUAAUGAAAGAAGAUAUAAAUUCAUUCGUGCUAAAGGUUAUGACAUAUACUGUACUGUACAGUAUGACACAGGUAAAGCACCAGAAGCAUUUGGUUAUAACAAUGAAAUUUAUGCUUCAUACUUCUUUGUUAACGGUGUAUUAGUUGAACCAAGAUUUACUUUGAGAGUUAAGGCAAAAAUAACUUUUGAAGAUGCUAUUAAAAGUAAAGCUGACAAAGAUGAACUUGACGCAACGAACAAA